AAUGAGCACAGCAUUUAAGUUAUAAUUUUGUUUAUCGUAAAAAGGGCCUCAAGCAACGCCUUACGCAUUCGCACAAGAUUUGUUAUUAAGCCGCGAACUCUUAGUUUUGAAAUUUGUUUACGUAGUGUGGUUUGGGUUUGGUUACUUGAACCAAAAGUGUUUGAACGAAAAAAAAUAUUUUAUUAAUAAGCCUUUGAGCGAUGUAUUUUGAAGUCCUCAAUACGAUUUCUUGGUGGCCUGCAUUCUUCGCGGCAGUUAAUAUUUUCUUCGUUUACUAUUUCACUCAAGUCGUACAGCGCCCGCGUCUGAUUAGCGCCGAUGGACCACUAAAAGAGUUUCUGCGUUAUAAUGUUCACACAAUUAGUGAAAAGUAUUGGCCAACGUUUUGGUGCUUGGGUGGGGCCGCGCAAAUGUUGAUUGCGAACGCGAUUCGACAAUUAGUUUUACCCAAAAUCAACUAUAGACGGGAAAUACUAAAAUUAAAAGAUGGCGGUGAACUUGCCUUGCAUUGGUUGGAGGCAGGAUGCAGUGAAAAUGCACCCUGCAUUAUACUCAUACCCGGCCUUAUUGGAGAACCUCAAACUGAUUAUGUAAGGAGUUUAGCAACAAUCGCUAAUAAGGCUGGAUUACGGGUCGUCUUGUGCAAUUACCGUGGCUUGGGCGGUGUAACAUUGAAAACACCGCGAUUUUACACACUAAAUUGCUAUGAGGAUCUAGCGGAGGCGAUUCGUCAUGUGCAUGAGAAGUUGCCAAAAGAUUGUAAACUUGGUUGCGUAGCCCUUUCUCUGGGCACUUUCAUGUUGGGUGCAUAUUUGGCGCAAGAGGAAGAAGCCAGUAAAUACCUCACUGCUGCUAUGAUGAUUUCACCGCCUUGCGAUAUAAAAUUUGGUGUAAUAAAUUUGGAAAAGCCUUAUUUCAAUAAGAUCUUCAAUCAUUCAAUGAUGCGGGAAGUGUUGAAAUUGUUCAAACAUUAUUCGAUUUUAAGGAAAUCAAAUAUCGAUGUAGACUUAGUGCUAACGAGUAAAACAUUAGGGGCCUUUAUAAACAACCUAUUAGUGAAAAGUUCACUCUUUGCCAGUUUAGAAGAAUGUUACGAAGACGCAAAAUUACAUAACAAGCUGGGAAAUAUCACUAUACCACUUCUGUGCCUUUGUGCCGCCGACGAUAUAUUCCAACCAAUCCAAGCUUUGCCGCUAGAAAUUGUAGAGAAAAGUUCAAAUGUCGCAAUGGUUCUGUCGGAAUACGGCGGCCAUAUCGGCUUUCUCGAAGGCUGGUGGCCUUUUAGAAGGGAACAAUACAUGGAAAGACUUUUUGUCGAAUACUUUACUAAAGUUCUGUUCGACGAAAAUGGUUCAUUUCAAAGGCUCAAAGAACAACUAAACAAAACCAAUUAACUACCAAACUAAUUCUGUUAAUUUAAUAGGAGGAGAUGGUGAAGUUCUUAUAAAUAACAGAAAAUA